UUGAACCUGCUCUGUACAGCGUAACGCGGACUUCAUUGCGGAAGGCGCUGUGCGUUCCUUUCACUUGACUGUCUCGUGCAAUUUAACAAUUGUUUUGAAUUUUAAAUCUUUAAGUUUACAACUGUACAUUUGAAUUUUUUUAUCCAUACACUUUUUAUGAAUUGCAAUUUAGAAAACUUAUAACUGGACUUUAUAAUAAAAUUAUUAUUUUAGUGUGGAAUAUUCAUGUGGAACCAAGUGAGUGAAAUGGAACUGAAACGUAUGUGACACCUGAAACAUCAAGCGGUAGGGAGAGUGAUGGAUGUCGGAGACUGUGGUUACUGAGGCCGUCAACUAGUGAACGUCAUGUGACGUCCUGGCGCGAGCAUGGACGUCAACUACACGAUCUACAACAAAACCGAGUGGGGAUACCUACCGGAAAUAAGGCCCGAGGUUCACUACGCUGUCGGGUGUAUCCUGUUCGCAGUGGGUACAGCCGGUGUGUUAGGCAACGCUUUGGUGCUAUUCGUCUUCACAAGGUUCAGGAGGUUGCGUGGUCCCUUCUCCUCUUUCAUAGUAAACUUAGCCGUUGCAGAUCUCUGCACGUCCUUGCUGCACAGCAUGGCGGUUAUCUCCUCAUUCAGAGGUCGCUGGGCUUUUGGACCCCUCGGUUGUAUGCUUUACGCAGGUGGAGUGGGACACUUCGGUCUAUUAUCCAUAGUCACUCUGGCAGCCAUAGCCGUGGAGAGAUACUGGGUUAUCACGGCCAAACCACUGUCUGGCAGUCGGAAGAUGACCAAGUAUUGUGCUAGAAAAGUGUGUGUGAUGGCUUGGCUCUAUUGCUUUGCCAUGUCACUUCCACCGUUCUUCGGCUGGUCCCGCUACGUGCCCGAAGGUUUCUACACUUCCUGUUCUUGGGACUACACUACACGUACCGCAGCAAACCGAGCCUACUACAUCUAUCUGCUGACUUUUGGUUUCCUCAUACCGGUGUCAGUCAUCACGUUCUGCUAUACGUUCAUCAUGGUCACCAUCCUCGCGCAUGGACGUGAGAUGAAGGAUGUCAAGGCCAAUGGGGGUGGUAAGCAGCGUCCCUAUCUCUCCUCCCGCCUCGCUACCCCCUCAUCCUCCACAGUCCGCACGGCAGAGAUCAUCCUCGUGCUGGUGCUGUUGUUUAUGGUAUCCUGGACUCCCUACGCCGUUGUCACAGCAAUUGGCCAGUUUGGAGAUCCAAGCUGGGUUACUCCCUGGGUGGCAGCUUUACCUGCAAUAUUCGCUAAGGCGUCAGUGGUUUACAACCCCAUUAUCUAUGGGCUUUCCCACCCCCACUUCCGAUCGUCGGUAAAGCAGUACAUAUCUGCUUGCACUACGGGGGUAAGCAGUACUACCACCAUGGCGGGGUCUCAGCGCGGUGCCCCCGGCAAAAGGCCCUCAAUGCCCCCUCUGGGGGUGGCCUCCAGUCCCGCCUCCACACCUACGCACAUGCGCGCUCAUCACGCACACUUCCGCUGCUUUCCUCGGCAUGUUGCUGGAGACCACAGCUACCACAGUGAGCCCGACCCCAGAGGAAUGUCGAUCCUAAUGGAGCGACCACUUGUCAAGCUACAUUGGCAGGAAGGGAGGAGCGGACACUCACGCGUAGUAACAACUGUGAUGUCACCAUCUUACCAUGCGGCUUGUGUCAGCCCAGAUGACUCUUACGGGCCACCUAUGAUCACUAGUGAGGCAAUGGUCACAACGGGUAGUCAGACGUCGGCCAGGGAUCCCACUAAACUGUACGACAUGCAAACGAUGCCCAGCAAAAGAAAAUGGCUGGCAGUGUCUAGGCGAUGAAAUAAGGCUAACCCAGGCCAAGUGAGAGAGAAAUUGACUGCUCUGUGACCUGGGCAAUCCUCACCCUGUACUGCGAUUUUCAAGUUUUCGUCAAUCUUCAACAUUAAUUAAAUAAUAUUAACAUUUUUUAGGUUAUGAUUCAAAAACCUAAUUUCUUACUCAAACUUUAUCAAGGUAUUUCGAAUUCGUUAUACGUAAAGUAGAUUUUUUUACGUAAGGUAAAUACGUAAAGUAAAAUUUAAAAAUAUAUAAAAAAAAAUAUUUAAAAAUAUUUGGGCAAAGCCAUAACCUUACACUCCAGUAUCAUAGAACUUUUGAAUACGUAACUUUUUACAAGUUUUUAAGGUGACUUAGUCUAUGAAAAGAUUGUUGGCCAAAACUUAAUAACACAAUGUUCUUAAUGAAACACUCGCAAUGCCUUUAGGUAUAAAUAAAAAUUUAAUUUUUAUUAAUAUUUGGAAUAAAAUUAAGGAAAACAUAUUCCGUAACAAUACGUUUUCCUUAAGACUUCCUUUCAUACUUUGGAAUUACAGUAAGCUGUUCGUAAACGUUGGCUUUCAAUACUGGUGUAUAAAACUGACAGCUAAAAUUAAGUUCUUUGAUUAAUUUUAAAUUGUGGAGCUUUAUGAGAUAUUCUAAAAUGAAUGUUCCACUUGAAUUCAAGUAAUUUUGGUCAGGAAUUUCGUGGUGUUUUUACAACACACCAAAGGAAGCAAGAGGUGAAAGUUUAAAAGCCGUAAAUGUAUCUAGUUUUUAUAUUUCCAAAUUUAUUUUAAUUUAUAUUUUUGUUAAGUUGCUCUAAUCUGUAAACGAUGUAGAAGUAUGCCACACGUUGUUCCAUAACAGGUUUCAAGGUUGCACGCAAAAUUUAAAAUCUAUAGUUUCAUUUUUCUCGAGAUUUCCUGCAAGCAGAUAGGCAGACAUUUAUCUAUAAAAAAUAUUUUCACCCAACUGGAAAAUAAGAGAGGCAUUUUCCCCUUAAAUACUCAUACGAUUCAAGAAAGCUUUGCCAAAUUGCAUGGUUGUACAUGUAAUAUCAUAGAACUCAUUCUUGUAUGACUGGAAGUGAUGUUUCAACGUGUUAUAGUGUAGAUUGGUGAACAAAAUGAUCUAAAACCAAUUACCUACACACCUAAUGAAACUAAAAUGAAACAGAGGAUAUUUAGUGGAUACCAAUAAUACGAGAUAUGUCUGACACUGCUCUGUGUGAGGGGAAUGUGACAACGAGGCUGAGUCCUGGAUGGAAAGAACUGGGAUAGAAAGGACUCCACUCACUAUUCUAUUGAUCGUACUCAGCUCAGCUGUCACAUGUUCACUGUCGCGUCCGCUCUACUAUAUAUAUAAUAUCAGCAGCCUGUCGUUAUUGCUAGGAAUAUCUGUUACUGCUCUGUAUGAGGGAGAGAUGACAAGAAGGCUGAGUUCUCUCCAUCGUCACCAUUCUGUUGAUCGCUUCGUUCCUACUAGUUUCCUACUUGUAUGAAUAUUACAUAUUUCUUGUAUAUAAGUAUUUAUUAAAACAUUGAGUUACUGGUUACAAAAACCUGUAUUUCAAUGAUGAGUCUGACCUAAUGAUAUCAAUGUUUAGUAUUAAACUCUUAACAUAUCUCUGUCUACAACGGUUAAAUAGAUGUAACAAUUUUCCAAAUUCCAUAGAGAGACAUGCACCGUCAACGAACAAUAUUGACUAUAUACAAUUGCAGCUUCAUGGACAAUCUUUAUCUAUAGGUCAGUUUGUUUUCGAGAUAUCGUGAGAAGAUACAGACAGAUAGACAAACAUAAAUUAAAAAUGUCCAGCCUCUCAAGCGAUAGGUUCGCUAACGCUCAGCCAACAAAGGAUACUCUCAACUUUGUUUAACACUAUAAUUUUGAAAGUUGUUUUAAGUUAUUGUAUUUAUGUGGUUAAACUCUUUUAUAAACAAUAAAUCAGAUUUUAAGUAAUUGCCAUGAAACGACAUGAUUUAAUAAUUAAAAUAUAUCAAUAAUUGGGAUAUGAAACGGGAAUGUAUCGAUUGUUAUGAAUAAAACUUUAACUAAACGAGCAAUGUCUCGAAUGUACCAAUUAUACACUCUGCAGAAAGUUUGUAGAUUCUUGAUAUUUUGUUUACGGAGAGAUCUUGAAGUUACUGGACCUAUGUUGUUAUUUUAUCAAUUGUUAAUGAUUACAUGUCAGAGAAUGUUUAAUAUUUUCAACAGGUUAUUGAAGUGUAUUGCUUUAUCAGUAUUGAUUUAAAAUGUUAUCUAAACUAUUAUAUAAAAAUCUAAUGGUGUCUGACAGUAUGUUUGUGUUUAUAUUAUUCAAUCGCUUAAAAAUAUUGGAUCGAAUGUACUGAAAUUUUACAUGGAUAGGCUUAGGGUCGCUGGUAUGUAGACUAUUCAUUUCGAAAAUCUUUCCCAGAUAUGCCUUAUUGGUCAGUUACAUUACGACAAAAAAUGUUAUUGAUGAAAGAGUCUGUUAAAUCUAAUCAAUUGUUCUGUGUAAACAUUUGAUUAUAACAGCACCAUAUCAUUUAACAACUAAUUUCAAUUUAUUACAUUUAUGGUUUCGAAAGGAUCAAUUAAGCUUGAUAGCAACAUUACUUAUUUCGACCUUUUCUGUAACCGCUGUUGAGCACAGAGUAAGAAAAAUCUAGACAAAGAAAGGUUUGAGUAAAAAUAUACCUUUAACUUUAUAUUUUUACACAUUAUAUAUAUAUAUAUAUAUAUAUAUAUAUAUAACCCCAUAUAGCCCCAUGUAUUAAGUACACAGCGCUUGGUCAGUGCUGUACUGCAGAUAUCAAAGACAACGCUACAUCCUAACGUUCACUAUAUGUUUAAAGACUGUUAGUUGUCUUUAACGAUAUGUUAAAUACACAUCUUAGUUUUCUUUUGACAGAAGUAGGAUUCAUAGGUAUGUGUAUAUAUAUACAUAUUUUCAUUAUCAGGAAAACAGUGCAAAAUCAACUAUGGCACAAAAAAAUACUAAAACCGGAGUAUAUUGAAAUGGACAUAGAUAUACACUUUUGAUAUAUUUUCGUAAUCUUGGCAACAAAGCAAUUCACCCCAUCUAGAAGUGCUUAUACACGUACAAAGUCUACUAAAUUGGGAGCGAAGCCACGGAUAACUGCUAGCACGAUAUAAACUAUUAUGGCUAGUGAAGAGACUGUAGUCAAAUACUACUUUUUACUUUGCUAUGUUAAAGUAAACAUUUAUAUUUCUGGGACUACAUUUAAAUCAGAUCGCAAUUCAUCAAUAAAAUAUCAAUGUCUGUAUAAUGACAGAUAUCAAACCUGCUACCGCUUACAUUUAUUGUCCGCAUAUCGUAAUUCGUAAUUGUGUUAAACAAUAUGUUUUACAUGAAUAAAACAUCAAUGUCUGUAUAAUGACAGAUAUCAAACCUGCUACCGCUUACAUUUAUUGUCCGCAUAUCGUAAUUCGUAAUUGUGUUAAACAAUAUGUUUUACAUCAAUAAAACAUCAAUGUCUGUAUAAUGACAGAUAUCAAACCUGCUACCGCUUACAUUUAUUGUCCGCAUAUCGUAAUUCGUAAUUGUGUUAAACAAUAUGUUUUACAUGAAUAAAACAUCAAUGUCUGUAUAAUGACAGAUAUCAAACCUGCUACCGCUUACAUUUAUUGUCCGCAUAUCGUAAUUCGUAAUUGUGUUAAACAAUAUGUUUUACAUCAAUAAAACAUCAAUGUCUGUAUAAUGACAGAUAUCAAACCUGCUACCGCUUACAUUUAUUGUCCGCAUAUCGUAAUUCGUAAUUGUGUUAAACAAUAUGUUUUACAUGAAUAAAACAUCAAUGUCUGUAUAAUGACAGAUAUCAAACCUGCUACCGCUUACAUUUAUUGUUCGCAUAUCGUAAUUCGUAAUUAUGUUAAACAAUAUGUUUUACAUGAAUAAAACAUCAAUGUCUGUAUAAUGACAGAUAUCAAACCUGCUACCGCUUACAUUUAUUGUCCGCAUAUCGUAAUUCGUAAUUGUGUUAAACAAUAUGUUUUACAUCAAUAAAACAUCAAUGUCUGUAUAAUGACAGAUACCAAACCUGCUACCGCUUACAUUUAUUGUCCGCAUAUCGUAAUUCGUAAUUAUGUAAACAAUAUGUUUAACAUCAAUAACAACCAUAAAAUUAAGAUAAUACACAAAUUUUAAAUACUAUUUUACUUUGCAUUAAUUUUUAUACACCACAGAACAUUAGCACUCAAGGUCUUACUCUUGAAACUGGGAAAGGCUGUGAUACAGGGCAUAGUGUAUAUAGACUAUGGUUCGGCUGUGAAUUAGUAAUGGAAGUCACUCAAAUUAAUCUUCACCAGUAAGGUCCUAGCCAAGAACUCCAAGAAGUCCUAGCUAACAGUUGUUAUUCUAAUUAAAUAGUAAUAUGAGUUUUGCCUUUGUAAUCCUAUUACAUUGUUUAAUAAAGUGUAUGUAUCAAACUGUAUGUAUAAACUGUAAAUAAUAUAUGUGUUUUCAUCUUUAUUUUAUAAUAAGUUAUAACAGUUUAUAUAUUUCCCAGGAUAAUAUAUAAACACACUUUCUUGUAUAUUUUCAAUUAAACAGUACAGAGUUAUCUGCUGAUUAUUCAUAAAUGACCCUUAACAAGCUGUCUGUGAUGUCAGUUUCUUUAUUGUUUUAUGUUACACUUAAGCUACAUCAUUAAAUAGAUUUUGUAAAUAAAUUAAGUGAUCUUUAAUUGCACUUUUUAAACAAAUAAGUAUAUUCUAGAAUUUAUGUUUAACCGUUUAUAACUAUUACACUUUAAGGUGAUAAGAAUGCAUUUUGGUUUGGUUUUAAUCAUUAAAAGUCACACUCCUAUAAAAUGCCUUCUUCUUCCGAACUGCUUUACGGAAAAUAAAAAAGUGUAUAACUCAAUAGUAAAAUUUGAGCGCUAGUAUUAGUAAAAGAAUGUAUUACUGGAGAAAAUUAUUUUUUUUUCAUAUUAAAAGAAUGUAAUUCCGAUUUAGGUUUCGUUAAAUAAUAUGUUAUCAAAUUAACCCGUAACAGCCAAGUACUGAUUUGGGCUUAGCACUACGUUACGUCAUCACACGCAGUGCUUCUUUCUCACUUUAUUAUCUGGGCUGAUACGCGUUGAGUUAUGCAUAUAAAAAAUAAAUAAACUUACAUCAUUAUCCUUAACUGUUUAUAUGCAACUCUGUUAACAAACUUUUUCAACAAUACUGCCUUUUACAUCUAUAUAAUUUUUCAUUUAGCAAUGAUUUUUUUUCUUUUAACUCUAUCGUAAAAGAAGGUAUCGUAAAGGGCUGUGAUUGUGAAAUUAUAAAAAUAAAAAAUAAAUGCACUAUAUCAAGAAAGUAUUUUUAAAAUGUGAACGUUGAAACACAUCCUUUGAUUUUCAGAGAUGAAAACUCAUUUUAGCCGUUUCCGAAAAUCUUUGACUAUGAAAUGUAUGUCAUACAAAUUCUUCAAUCUCAAAGUAUUUUUCUUUGUAAAUUACAUUAUUCAAAACGAAACAGAUAAUUAUUUAUUAUAUAUACUCAUAGUAUAUAUACUCAUAGACUUUACUAUUUUGAACUAUACAUGUUUAUUUAUUUAGCGUAACGUAGAACUAUACCUAAUGAUUGUAGAACGACUUUGCUUUGUUAAGGGCGUUUUGGUGCUUUCAUCCCCUUUUAGACACCCACAAAAGUAGUAAUUUUUAAAUUCUGAAGUGUUUACGGAUGAAAGUAAAUGUGAUUCAUCGAAUGAACCAUUUCUACUUAUUAUGUCAAUUACACAUAGCAUAGUAUAAGUAAAUGUAUAACUUUAAGUUAAGUGCUAUAUUUUAAUAUAAUCCAUUAAUUUACUCUAUGAGUGUUUCAUUUCAUGUUUUUAUAUUUGUUGCCCUGCCACGCUACUUGAAACUGUGGCAGUGUAAAUUCCAUUUAUUUAAUUUGUAAUUUGCACUUGUUUUAUUGAUGGAAUAAAUCAUUAUUCAUUAUUUAUAUAUAGUUUAUCAAUUAAAAACUCUAAUUAUACUAAAUAACUGAAUCAGCUUUAACUAGAAAAAAAAAUUUCAACAAUUAUUACAUUGUGUGCUUGAACGUGAACAUACUAUAUUGGUUUUGGUAAAGUAGAAUCAGAAUUGUCUUAGGAAUAAAGUAAAGAGAUUUUAUGUAUAUAAAUAACAUUACACCAAACGCCCUUAACGAACUGAAGAGAUUUCAUUGCAGUGUAGAUGUAGUAUAAUGUGUAUAAUAAAAUCUAAACUAUACGCACACUCAACACUAAGAAAAUGUCAUAGGUGUUGACAUUAUAACAGCUCAUUAGUAGAAAACUCUACCAUUAAGUGUAAAUAAGGUAAAACGUGCGAGGUAAAAAAGGGAACGUUUUGCACAAUGUAAAACUAUUUACUUUGUUUGUUUCUGUUUCAUAUACUUUAUUUUAUCCAUGUAUUUUUUGUAACUUAAUUCUGCUAGAGUAUAAUUGACUGUAUUUUUGAACCCAAAUAAAUAUAGUUGGUAACAUGUUUUAUUACUUAAUUGAUAUUAAAUAAAGAUAAUAAAUUUGGCCGCCAGUACAAAAUAAACAAAUAUACUUUUGGCAUGCGUGAUAUGUGAAGGCCACAAAAACCAGUAUGAAUAACUAGUUUGCUUUUAAACUUGCCACUGUUUUCAAACAAUCACACAAAGUGGAUGGCAAAUAAUGGAGGUAUAACUCACCACAUUUUUUUGUUAAAAAUACUGUUUCAAUCCCAAAUACUGCUCCAUUUUAAACUACAUUAUUGAGUGGUAUUGCACAGGAACAUUGAAUACUCCACUCUAAAGUACGUCGAAAUCCGAACCUACAGUAAAAUAUAUUGUAACAUUAUUUCUUUAUAGACAUUUGAAAUCUUGCGUGUUUAGUUUGAACAAUUAAUUAGUUUUUUAGGUUUAUUUAUUUAUCAUACCAUGUCGCUUCUAUAUUCACUUGUAAUAAACGAAUGCUGGCUGGAAACAGAAGCUUGAUGAAUGAGUGACUCAUGUAUGUAACUAUUACAUUUUCUAGAAUGUGAUACAAAGAAAGACUUUAAGGGUGUUAUUAAGUGUUAAAACUAAUACUUAGCUUUUAAAAUAAAGUAUAAUAAUUCUUACAAUAUUAAUUAAAUUUUUGAGUAGCGCUAUUUUUCUUAUAUAUUUUGUAUUAAUUGUUGUUUAUUAAUUUAAAUAAAUAAAUAACUUAUUUUCUA